AUAUAGCAUGAGAAAUGACACGAUUGUAUCCAUAUAUGAUUUUUAAUUUGAAACACACAUAAAAAUUAAUUUUUAUUUAAUUUAAUAAGAGCGAGCAUUAUAGGAAUUACAUUAUGCUAAAGCCAAAAGCUCUAACACAAGUUUUAAGUCAAGCGAAUACCGGAGGAGUAGAAAAUACUUUACUACUCAAUAGAGAUGGCGGAUUGUUGGCAUACAGUGGUUAUGGAGAUAAAGAUGCAAGAGUAACUGCAGCUAUUACUAGCAAUAUUUGGUCAGCUUAUGAAAAGAAUGGUCGUAACGCUUUCAAAGAAGAUGAGCUUAAGUUUGUUUUAAUGGAAUGUGCGGAAGGGAAAGUAGUUAUUACCGAAGUAGCUAAUUUAUUGCUCUGUCUAUAUGCUAAAGAAAAUGUUGGCUUUGGACUAUUACGAGAGAAAGCACAGGCAUUGGCCAAAUACCUGGAUCAUCCACUGAAAACAAUAGCAAUUGGCUCGUAGGCGGCGCUCGUUGGAAGAUAGGCGCGAGAGAAGCAGUUCCGAGUGCAAGAAUAAGGACGGGCAACCCAAGCAGUCAUGGGAACUGGGAAACGUGGCUUGGCCAAAUAGGACAUCGCCGUCGUCACCGUCGACGAUUGAGCCAACCAGGCCGUAAGCGCGCGCACGAAACAGCCAUCGUAAGAAGGAGAAAGAGAGAAAAGCAAUAAGAGAACGAGCGAGAGAGAACGUAGUGGAUCGGGUAGAAGGAACGAAAGAGAAAGAGAGAAAGACGCGAGUAGGAGAAGGUGAGGGUGGUCGUAGCAGCAACCGCUGCAGCUGCUCUCUCUUGUAAUGUCCGGCGGCCUGCUGCUGCUGCUGCUGAAGGUGGUGGUUCGGAGGGACUACCCCGGCUGCCCAUAAAACGUAUACACCCAGGACGUA